CACCUUUAGUAAUAACAGCGAAAAAGCAUCAAAACUGGUUAACCUCUGAGCUCUGACUACUGCUAGUGUGAAGUGUUAAACGAAUAGAAAAUGUAUUUCUUAUUGAUUUGUUUAUCAUUAUAGUAAAUUCAUAUAUAUUGUUGUAAAUUAUUUGUUUUCUUGUAAAUUGAUAACUUCUAAAAUGGCUCACCACUAUGUGGUUACAGCUCAAAAGCCGACUGCGGUCAACUCGUGUGUCACAGGAAACUUUACAUCACCUACCGACUUGAAUUUGAUUUUGGCCAAGAAUACUAGGAUUGAAAUUCAGCUUGUGACUCCUGAAGGCCUUAGACCUCUGCGAGAAAUAGGAUUGUAUGGCAAAGUCGCUGUUAUGAAGUUCUUCAGACCUCCUCGUGAGAAGAAAGACCUACUAUUCAUCAUUACCAAUAAGUACAAUGUGAUGAUCCUUGAGUGCAAGGGAGAAGGAGAGAAUCUAGAGAUCAUAACGAAGGCCCAUGGCAACGUGGAGGACAAAAUCGGUAGGCCGUCUGAAAAUGGAAUAAUUGCUGUCAUCGAUCCGGAAGCCAGAGUUAUUGGACUCCGCCUGUAUGAUGGCCUCUUCAAAAUUAUUCCUCUUGAUAAAGACAACUGUGAGCUCAAGGCAUCAAGUAUACGAAUGGAGGAAUUGGAAGUUCAUGAUCUCGAUUUUCUUCAUGGCUGCGCUAAUCCGACAAUUAUCCUGAUUCAUCAGGAUCAAAAUGGCCGACAUAUGAAAACUCACGAAAUAUCACUAAAAGAUAAAGAGUUUGUUAAGAUGCCGUGGAAGCAGGACAACAUUGAAACGGAGGCGAUGAUUGUAAUCCCAGUACCCGAGCCGUUGUGUGGUGCAAUCAUCAUAGGACAAGAGUCCAUUCUCUACCAUGAUGGCAACUCGUUCGUGGCAGUUGCUCCUCCCGUUAUCAAACAAAGUACUAUUGUGUGCUAUGCAAAAGUGGACACUCAAGGGUCAAGAUAUCUGCUGGGUGACAUGGCUGGGCAUCUUUUCAUGUUACUUAUUGAGAAGGAAGAGAAAAUCGAUGGAACAUACUCUGUCAAAGACCCCAAAGUUGAACUGCUUGGCGAAAUCAGUAUUCCUGAAACGAUAACAUAUCUGGACAAUGGUGUGCUGUUCAUUGGCUCGCGUUUCGGAGACUCGCAACUCAUCAAGCUGAACAAAAUCCCCGAUGAGAACGGCUCCUACGUCAGCGUCAUGGAGACCUUCAUGAACUUGGCACCGAUUGUCGAUAUGGUAGUGGUCGACCUCGAAAAGCAGGGACAGGACCAAGUCAUCACAUGUUCAGGCGCUUAUAAGGAAGGCUCACUGAGGAUUAUAAGGAAUGGAAUCGGCAUCCAAGAGCACGCGUCAAUCGACCUGCCCGGCAUUAAGGGAAUCUGGGCACUGAAUAUCAACAAAGAGAACAAAUUCGACAACACUCUUGUCAUGUCUUUUGUCGGCCAUACCAGAGUUCUGACUCUAAAUGGCGAAGAGGUGGAAGAGACUGAAAUUGCUGGCUUUCUUUCUGAUCAGCAGACGUUCUACUGUAGCAAUGUGGGCCAAAAUGAAAUUAUCCAAGUGACCUCGAUUCUGGCGAGACUGAUAUCUCUCAAAUCUAAACAGUUGAUAAGUGAGUGGAAGCCUCCUUCAGGCAAGACAAUCAGUGUGGUGGCCUGUAAUAAUACUCAGGUGCUUUGUGCGGCCGGCUGCGAGCUCUACUAUCUAGAAAUAGCCAACGAAGAACUCGUUCAGAAAGGAUUUGCCAACCUGGAGUAUGAAGUUGCCUGCCUGGACAUAUCACCUCUGUCAGAUGACCAAGAGAAAGUGGAGUUUGCUGCCAUUGGUUUAUGGACUGACAUCUCAGCUAGAAUUCUAAGACUGCCCACUCUUGAAGAAGUCAACCGAGAGUUUUUCGGAGGAGAGAUAAUUCCCCGAUCAAUUUUGAUGGCUGCUUUUGAUGGAAAAUGCUACCUGUUAUGUGCAUUGGGUGAUGGCAGUAUGUUCUAUUUCUGUCUCAACAAAACCACUGGACAAUUGACUGAUAAAAAGAAGGUAACGAUUGGAACACAACCGACUGUUUUGAAGACGUUCAAAACGCAUUAUACAAUGAAUGUGUUCGCCUGCUCAGACCAGCCCACUGUUAUAUACUCUUCAAAUCAAAAACUUCUGUUUUCCAAUGUAAACCUGAAGGAAGUCAACAAUAUGUGCUCGUUGAAUGCUGAGGCUUACCCAGACAGCUUGGCAAUAGCAUCAGAUAGUGCUGUGACAAUAGGGACCAUGGAUGAGAUACAGAAGUUACAUAUCAGAACAGUUCCUCUCGGGGAAACACCUAGACGCAUCGCGUAUCAAGAAUCUACACAGACAUUUGGCGUGAUAACAAUGCGGAUAGACCAGCAGGAGUCGGUUGGCUCGAGUCCGAUCAGACCGAGUGCCAGCACCCAGGUGCAGAGUACGAGCACCUCAGGGCAGUCGUCGGUCAUCAAGCCUGGCUCUCUGGCGGCCCCCACCACUCACGAGUAUGGCCUCGAGGUGGAGGUGCACAACCUGCUGAUCAUCGAUCAACACACCUUCGAAGUGCUGCACGCCCACCAGCUGAUGCCGUCUGAGACUGUAAUGAGCCUGACGUCGACCCGCCUUGGCGACGACCCGAUCGCCUACUACGUGGUGGGCACAGCCUUCGUCAACCCCGAGGAGAGCGAGCCCAAGCAGGGGCGCAUCGUCAUCUUCCACUUCCACGACGGCAAGCUGGUGCAAGUCGCCGAGAAAGACACCAAGGGUUGCUGCUAUUCGCUCGUCUCCUUCAACGGCAAACUGGUCGCUAGUAUUAACAGUACCGUAAGAUUAUUUGAGUGGACUGCAGAAAAAGAAUUGCGUCUUGAAUGCAGCCAUUUCAACAAUAUAAUAGCUUUAUAUGCAAAAUCGAAAGGUGACUUUAUUCUUGUGGGCGACCUGAUGAGGUCGAUAGCUCUACUACAACACAAGGUCAUGGAAGGCAGCUUUGAAGAGAUUGCUCGACAUUACAACACAAACUGGAUGACAGCCAUUGAAAUAUUGGACGAUGACACGUUCCUUGGAGCUGAAAGCAGUUAAAAUUUGUUUGUUUGCCAAAAAGACAGCGCUGCAACAACGGACGAGGAACGCCAACACAUGAUGGAGGCCGGCCAGUUCCACCUGGGAGACAUGGUGAAUGUGUUCAGGCAUGGGGCGCUCGUUAGACAGCAGCACUUUGGAGAGACCUCGGCGCCAACCACUGGAUCAGUCCUCUUCGGCACUGUCUUCGGAUCUAUCGGCAUUGUGACGCAAAUAUCGGCGGAACUGUUCGAUUUCUUGCAAGACCUGCAGGAGAGACUGGCCUAUGUGAUCAAGUCGGUGGGCAAGAUCGACCACGGAUUCUGGCGCUCGUUCCACACGACCACACGCACCAACUCGGCCGAGGGCUUCAUUGACGGUGACCUCGUCGAGAGCUUCCUCGAUCUCUCCUUCAAGGCCAUGCAAGAGGUGGCCGCCGGAUUGCAGAUCGAUGAUGGCAGUGGAGUGAAAAGGGAAGCCACUGUUGACGAUCUCAUAAAAAUUGUCGAAGAUUUGACAAGAAUCCACUGAACUGUCCGUAGUAUCAACAUCUCGAAUACGACCACUCCAGAAAGCAGACAGAUCUAUCUGACUUUGAAGAUUUUGGCAUAUUAUUUAGCUGUUCUUUAUGUUUGAGUAUCUCAGAAUGUAAUUUGACACCGAUUCAUUAGCCAGACUUAGUUUUCAAGUGAUUGACUGUAUAUUAUUGAAUAGGCUAAUCGUUAUGAGGCUACUUGUAUUUUGUUAGAAACCAAAGGUUUCCCAUCUUCUCAAAGAUUUAUUAAUGUGUGGUGAAACCAGUUUUUUCGAAUUCAAUCGGUUUCAUUAAUAACUAUUGUUAAAAGUUUAUACCAUGUGAGUGUGAUCUAUUUUUCAUUGCAAAGUAUUUUCAACUGUAAGUAUUUAUAGGCAACAUUAAUUAUUCAUUUAAUUUGACCACUGAUCCAACUGUAGAAAUUUUUCCUCAUCAAGAAAAAUUUUCAGCAACAUGGAUUUUUUUCUCAAGCCAGGUACACACACACAUCGCAUUUUGAAUGUUCAAUUUUUUGCUGUCCUUAUAAAUUCUACAAGAUCGAACGUAACUCAUAGUUAUGUUCAAUCUUGUAGAAUUUAUAAGGGCGAUAAAAUUGGAUGUUCAAAAUUCGAUUUGUGUACACCUAGACACACCUUUCUUCUCAAGUACUUGGAAUGCAAAUCUUUAAACAGUUGUUAAUUGAUAUUUUUUAGGACUGGUAGUUAUCUUCUCCUUGGAUCAACUUUAUUUGUAUAACUAAGUAUUUUUGUAAUAAGUUGAAAAUCAUGAUAAUACAAUAAAAGAGUUGACUUUA